AUGGAGGCUGCCGUGACGGUCCUCCUCAUCUUCGUGGUGGGGAUGUCUGGGGUGACGAGCGCCGUGCUGGGGUUCAUAGCCGAGACCAAAAAGCUCACUCCGGAUGACAUCCACGUGUCCGGCAGGGAGUGCGUGUACCCGGCCAACCCCGCCCACGCGCUGGCGGUAUGCGCGAUCAUCCUGCUGGCGGUGUCCCAGAUCGUCGCCUCGGUGGCCGGCGGCUGCUGCCGGCCAGGGGGCGGCGCGUCCAAGUCCACCAGGCGAGUCGUGGGCGUCGUCGUCUCCAUCCUCUCAUGGAUAAUGGCGGUGAUCGCCGCGGUGUUCUACUGGCGAGGCGCGAAGCUGAACGCGCCCGGGACGCGCGACGCGACCUUCGCGGGCGCCUUCUACGAGAAGUGUCUGGUCAUCAGGGGCGGCGUGUUCGUCAGGGCGGCCGUGCUCAGCCUCGUCGCCACCUCGCUCGCGAUCAAGUCCUGCGUCCUGCUCCGCGCGCCGGCGGCAAAGGAUGCGCCGGCGGCAAAGGAUGUGCCGGCGGUGGAAGGUGCCGCUGCCGACGAGCCCAGGCCCCACGGCCAGCACCCGCCGGAAGCCGGGGUCGCCGUCGGGCUGCCCCAGUGGCCGGCACAGGGGAACGGGCAAGCGCCGUAUCCGCAGCCUGCUGCUGCGGAGGGGUACGGUCAGGCGCGCGUCUAG